AUGAAGCCUCGUCCGCGGGACGAAGUACUCAAUGGCAAUAGUCAGUCGAGGUCAAGGCCACAAAAUGUACAGCGGCGAACGAGCCGGCACGCUUCUUCUCAAGAUCGGCAUGGCCGAAUAUUUGAGGAGUAUGAGCACACAACGAUCCGUGCGGUGACUCCGGAUUCGGGUGCAUACACAACCUUUCGCGAUGAUUCCACUGAUGGCAGUCAAGUCCAUUCCCCCGUCCUGCAAUCGACCCGAAGCAGAAACUCCCAGAGGAGGCGCGAGACCUCCGCCUCGAUUUCGAACACCGAUGAAGAAGGCACUAUCGAGAGAAGGAGGAGGAGAGCCCAGACAAGAACAAACACAAAAGAGGAUCCGCCAUUGGAUGCCUCCCCGGGCUCCUUCAUAACUAAGACUCGCAAGAGACUUGGGUCUAUAGCGACUGGUCCUCCUCUGAGUCAGCGUCAAGAGAACGACUACGGAUCCAUUGGCUUUCCUUCCGUGGUGCGUAGUCCGGACACGCCGGAGUACAACGAUUCACGCAAUCCUCCCAAGACACCACGUCGACCAUUUUCGCCGAGUGAGAUGUUCGGUGUCAGUGGCAGCAGCGUCCGAUCGCCCAAAUUACUGGACAUUGACUCGGCCAGGAUCCUGCACCUAAUGACGACUACUUGUGGGCGAAUGCAUGGAAUUCUUUUCUUCAGACCACUGCACACGUCUGCUUGGGCUUCCGGCUAUUGUGCCAUCAACGUUGCUCCUGGUAGCCUUGUCUGCCAAACGAAAGGAGAAGUCUCCCAGGCAACAGUUUUGAUAUCUGACCUCAGAGGAUGUACGGUCAGAACGCAUUACGACUAUGAAACCCAGAGCACAUAUUUGAGUGUUCUGAUUGCUUCUUCGGCCACAGGUUAUCAACUUCGACCACCAGUUCCGGAAACCUUUGAUUCCUGGCUUGCGGCACUGCUCUGUUGGCAACCACUACGACCUAAGGGCAUUCACAACAAAAUGACAAAACCCCAACUAGUCAGCAUGGCCGACAAGAAGACGGCACCGCAGCGGAGAUUGUCAGAUACUGGCAAUACCAAAGGUACGGCGAUUGUCAAGGUGGGGAAGAUGCUUUUAUGGGACGGCCCCUUACCGUCCGGCUCCCAACUGGUGUCGUCUCCCAACAGCCUUGGCCGAUCCAUGACAGAAGACAACUAUCAUUGGCGCAGGGUAAACUGUACUCUGCACGAGAAUGGCACUUUCAGGAUCCUGGCGGAUGCAGAACCCACUGUACUCUCUGUGACGCACCUCUCCCAGCUGUCCCGCUUUGGCGUUCAGAGACUUGACGAAAGUGUUCUUCGAAUGCCUCAUUGUAUCGCCAUCUAUUCCCAGUAUCGCGCUCAAGCACCGCUAGUGAGAUACUCAAGGCCAAUGGUUCUGUGCCUGGAGUCAGACACUGCUCAUGAGGCAUGGUUCGUCCUUUUACGUGCACUUACGGUGCCUGAGCUGUACGGACCGGAACAAGGUCCAGAAGGCCUCCAUCAGGCGUCACACUCCGAUACGUCCGACGAAAUACAGCCUACCCAAGGAAUGUUCCGCAUAGAACGCUCGCUAACUGUGAAAAUCACAGAAGCGAAAUUUUCGCCGCGGUUCGUUGCACAGAUUCCUCAUGAGCAGCAGAAGCACAAAACAAAAGUCGGCAAGGGUGAGCAGACCAAAGAAGGGGUGUACGCUGAGGUCCUGCUGGAGAAUGAUCUACGGGCACGCACAACCACCAAGGCAAAUCUGACUUCGGCUUUCUGGGCGGAAGAGUUCAACGUAGAGGAUAUUCCUGCCACCCUAUCAAAAAUCACCAUCGCCGUCAAGCUCGGCAAUCCCGCUGAGAAAGAGUGGACGAUGGUGGCUGACAGUCUCUACGAUAUCUCUGCAGAUGCAGGUUAUCUCUCAGGCCUCAGUGGGCUGGAAAUCUCCUCCCACGACCCUAUAUUUGGCAGAGUUGAUGUAUCGAUUGACGACCUAGAGCAUCAUGGAACGAUCGACAAGUGGUGGCCAUUACUGGACAACAAUGACCAGUCGGUCGGAACGCUCCUGGUCAGAUUUGCGCUUCAGGAAACCGUGGUCUUGAUGGAAGACGACUACAAGGAGCUCUCAACAGUCUUGCAGAGUUUUUCCAAUGGCUUGACGACACAAAUUUCUCAACUACUUGGGCCAGAUCUCCGACAUUUAUCAGAUAUUCUGCUAGAUAUCUUUCAGGCUUCGGGAAACGCUAGCGAAUGGCUCAUCAGUCUGGUUGAGGAAGAGAUUGAUGGUAUAUACAGAGAGACCCCACCUAUGCGGAUGCGGUUUAGCGGUCGUAUACAUUCCAAUGACUCUUACGAAUCUGCCGAACAACGAGAAAUGCUUGUUCGGGACCUCAGUCGAUCGGCUACCAUGGAGGCCAACCUACUCUUCCGGGGCAAUUCUCUCGUCACUAAAGCACUCGACGCUCAUAUGCGACGGCUAGGAAAGGAGUACCUCGAGGAAGUCUUGGGCGCUAAAUUGCGCAAAGUCAUCGAACGAGAUCCGGACUGUGAAGUUGACCCCAAUAGGGUCCGAUCGCCAGAGCAGCUCGAAAAGAACUGGGCCAACCUUAUAUUCCUUACCAGCACCAUUUGGAAAUCGAUUCGCGAUUCAGCCGCGCGUUGUCCAGUGCAGUUACGACUAAUCUUUCGACAUAUACGGUCUUGUGCCGAGGACAGAUAUGGAUCUUUCAUUCGAACGGUCAAAUAUACCAGCGUCUCCGGGUUUUUCUUUCUUCGAUUCUUCUGCCCAGCAAUUCUGAAUCCUAAGCUCUUUGGUCUCAUCCAAGAACUUCCACCUGAUCGUACGAAGAGGACUUUUACCCUGAUUGCAAAGUCCCUUAAUGUGCUCGCAAACCUGGCCAGAUUCGGGACCAAGGAGCCCUGGAUGGAACCAAUGAACAAGUUUUUGGCUGCUUCCACAAACGAGUUGAGAAGCUUCAUCGAUGAAAUUUGUGCCGUCAGCGCGUCGCAAAUGGCGUCGGUAACUCUCGAGCCACGAUUUGCGGCUCCGAACCAGAUCAAGAAUCGACUGCCGCCAAUCUCAAGGGAGGGGCUUCCAAGUCUACCAUUCCUGUUGGAUCACACCAAGUUGUUGGCGCAGCUCGUGGACCUAUGGGUCUCACAUGCUCCUGAAAAUAUAAGCGAAGCUAGUGAUGAUUCAGCUGUCAGUGUUUUCCAUUCUCUCUGCUUGAGGUUAUCAAAGAAGAGCAAAGAGUGUCUCAAGGCGGCGGAAUCGGCCGAACGACCAGACGAACGGUCGGAACCCGCGUGGGAGCGAAUGCUCACGGACCAGCAGAAGGAUAACUCCCCAGGUAACAUCUUCGAAGAGCAUCCCAUGCAGCCCCGAAUGAGCACCGAGAUUACUGCGCUACCACAAACGGCCGAAGCUAUAGCAGACAAUGAGUACAAGCAUGCUGAAGUCUCCCCCAUUGCCGGAGAAGGAGAUACUACGCCAUCGAGCUCGGCUUCCAUUGCAUGGGAUAGGCGAAUUCCGUUCCCGCAUAAAGCUGCAGAUGCUCGUGCAAUGACGAACUCAACGAAUUCUUCAACAGCAUCGGUCGAUAUGACAGAUGAACCACGCAGAGCAUUACCAGGCAGCCGCGAUGGACCUAGCAAGAACCGUUUAUUUGAAUUGAUGAGCUCUUCGUCACGGAAGAAGAGCAAAGCCGGCGAUCGACCUUACGGAGAUGACGACGCAUGA